AUGUAUUCUUUACCUACGAUAGAAACUAUUCAUGCCUGGCGCCAAAGUGAUGUUAUGAAGUUUAUACAACGCGUAGAGCGUUUACAUUCGGUAGACAAAAACUAUCACAUAAUUGAAAAACUUAACUUGACCCCAGUCCGCCUUUUAAAGCUGACUGAUGAAAAAUUGGACUCUUGGGUCGUCUUGAAGUUUAUUCACGGAACUCAGAGUGACAUUCUUGAAAAUGUGCGAGAUAAGCUUACAAAGGCUCUUAUUGCUUAUGUUGAAACUUUAAUGCAACAGCCUCAAGCGAAUUGGUUUUAUGGACCAGUAUUGGAAAGGUUGAAUCAAGAUAUCGCGUUUGGCAUUGAUAUAACAGAACAAUAUAGCUUAAAUAAUUUACUUCCAUACCUUAAAACUGAACUUAAAAAACCGUUCACUCCAACGAUUCCACGAGUUCCAAGCAAUGUUUCGGUUCAGAUAAAACGUGAACCAUCAACUGAUGUAUCUCGUGAGAAUUCUCCCGAGACACCACCCAAGGAACCUCCUAACGAAGAAAGGAAUAAGGAUUAUAAUAGGCUUAUCGUUUUCCAAAGCAAGGAUACUGGUGUUGGAUUUUGUCUCAGGCACCAUAUUUGUAAAUAUAUUGCUUAUAUUAAAGGACCUAAAUUCAGUGAAGGUUCAAUCAGUAAGCAUGUAUCGGCAGACAUGGAAGAAAUGCAAUUCGCAAAAUUUCCUGUAGAGCAAGAAGAAAGGGAAUUCAUCAAAUAUUGUCAAGUUGAAACAUUUGGUAUAAGACAUUUGAAUUCAGGACACGUAAAAAUAAGUGCGAACAACGCUCUUGAACUUUUGAGGAAACAUGGAAUUAAUCGAGUAAGUUGUGAAGUGUUCAUGGAACAAUUAGAUGAAAUUGUGGAAGACUAG